UGCUCAAUGUUAAUCUUUGACAAGUAGGAAGAAGGGCCUUGGCUGCCAUAUCUCUCAGUCUUAGACAACCGCAGUUUCAGUUCUCCUUCUGCUCAAGAGUGUGUUUGCUGCUUUGUGAAGGAAUUACAUAUUCAAAUCCAAAGGAUAAAGACAGAAAGACACCAUGGAGGUGCUGGUGCUGAUCGACUUUGAGGGCACCAUGGAAGAUGAGAUGACAGUGAGAGCAGGGGAUGUGGUCAAAGACGUCACCAAGGCCAGCGAGGAGGGAUGGCUGGAGGGGGAGCUGAGAGGGAAGAGAGGCAUCUUCCCUGCCAACUUUGUCAAGGAGGUGCCAGUCUAUUUGAUGGGUGACAGCAAGAGGGAACCACGAAGCCUUAGAAAAACUCAGAGGAUGAAACAGACGAGGAAAUGCGAGGUAACGUAUGCCUACAACCCCGCGCAUGAAGAUGAGCUGGAGCUGGAAGUUGGGGAGAUUAUAGAGAUCAUCAGAGAGAUUGAAGAUGGAUGGUGGAUGGGGAUGAAAAAUGGCAAAGUGGGAGCGUUUCCGUCAAAUUUUGUCCAAGAAAUUUUUGUUUCACCUAAAAACGUCAAGCACAAUGAAGGCAAGGCAAGACCUAAGCUCGCUAAUGCAGUAUUCAAUAAAGAGAUAUCUCAAAGGACAAGUGUAAGAAACAAAGAAAAAAAUUUAACAGAAUGUUGCCAAGUCAUGUUUGACUACAAGGCCAAAGCACAGGAUGAGCUGGAUAUGAAAAAAGGAGACAUCGUCGUGAUACUGACAAAGGAAACAGAAGAUGAAGGCUGGUGGGAGGGAGAGCUAAACGGACGCCGUGGUUUCUUUCCUGAUAACUUUGUCAUGGUGAUACCACCAGUAGGCAGUCUGCAAUCUAAGACCACAAGCCAACCUCCUGCACGCAACAGCGACAAGAAACCCUCAGUGAAGACAGAGGACUCAGCUAUGGAGAAAGGUGGCCCACUAAAGACAAAAGGUAUAAAUGAUGAUAAACCAGAGGUUAAGGACCUGAGAAGCAAUCCUCCAACAAAAGUCAAGCUGCCAUCCAUCAGCAAGCCCAGUCCACCUCCAGUCAAAGAAAAACCCAACAAAGUUUUACCCAAAGCCAACGGAGAUGUCGCUCCUGCUUCACCAAAACAGCCGGAGGAGAAAGCGACUGACCAGUUUGAUGGAAUGGAUUUGCAGACUGAAAAGCUGAGUCAUCCCACAGCAAAUAGAGCCAAACCCCCUCAGAGGAGACCACCAUCAGGCCUGGUCACAGCAGUCCACGCCCAGAUUGCCACUGAUCAGACAGAACCAGAAUUAUCACAAAAAAAGAUACAGACAGAGAAAUUACCUGCUUUACAAAAGGGUACAGAAAAUCUCCUGCCAUCUCCUGCAAAGCCCAGUCGACCCAAGACGCCGCCUCAAGUUCAACCAGCACCAGCAGAAGCAGCACCCAAAGUAGCUGUGGAUGGCAGAACUGUGACCCAUAAAGAAGAACCAUCUAUGGAAAGCCUGCAUGCUGAGGUCAGAGAGCUGAGGAUGGCUCUGGAGCUGCUACAGGCACGACAUGAGCAAGACAUGCAGGAAAUGAAAGAAGAAUUGAGGGAGGAGAGAAACAAACGGCUGGCACUGCAGGAAGACGUGCAGAGUUUGAAGAUGAAGCAUUAAGUGCAACACAGACUGUGACUGGGCAGGCUGUCUGACACUGUGCCACACAGGCUGCCGUACUGCAAAUUUAAACAAGAUGAACAUUUUUCCAACAUGGGCUGGGGAUUGAGAAGAGAAGACAACAGAGUCCUCCCAUUGCUGACACACAUAUGAGGGCUUAAUUACAAAGCAUAGCUGGACACAGGAUCAAGCUGGACCAGAGAAACCUGAUCCUUCAACAGAUUUUAACAUGAAGUACUGUUAAAAUUUUUAUACAUUUGAUUGCUGGAAAUCACGAAUCUUGGUCCUAAGUGGGUUACACUUUGUUACCGAUCUGAUGUUUUACACUGUUCUUUUUUGACUGUCAAAUUCAUUAGUAUGAUUUACUGCUCAUUCACAACAUUAAUCAGCAAAACGUGUAAUAUAUGCUGCUGUACAUAAGAGGAAGUAUUGUGAUGUCUUUUGCAAAGACCUAAAAUACAGUUUUAAGUCAUCCAAA